AUGCGCCCGAAACUCACCAAGCGAGCCUGCGACGAGUGCAUUACCCGCAAAGUUAAAUGCAGCGGCGCCUGGCCCUGUGACACAUGUCGCAGUGCUCCAAAACAGGUGAAAUGCACAUACCUCAAACCGGCGCGUAGAAGAGGUCCGAAAGUUAGACGUCAAAUGGGAAAUAUCGAGUCUGUGAGCUCCGUUUCGGAGACAAAUGCUUCCACUUCGUUGAAUGGGGGUGCUUCGAACGAAAGUCAUGAUGGACACAGGACGAUCUCUCGGCCAGUUCUCGAAAAGGUGGUGCGUUGGUACCAGCAUUCAUCGUACAGUGUUUGGCCUGUGAUUGAUGCAGAGGUGCUUGUGUGGCGAUUCGCGGAUGGUGAUGGCUAUGAUACUAGCAUUUAUUGUCUUGCCACAGCGCUUUGCGCAGCGACGAUGGCGCAGUUGCAGCUUCCGCCGUUGAUAGAUGAUGGAGGACUUGUCGAUUGUGCGGCAAUGGCAAGUGAGUGCAUAAGGGUGCGUGAGGAGAGCAAUUAUAGAGAAAAUCUCGAUAUGAAGAGUAUUCUUGUUUCUUUUUUCUUGCAUGUCUAUCAUGCCAAGAUCAAUAAGCGGAAUUCGGCAAUGAUGUUCAUACAAGAAGCUAUCUCUGGAGCGAGGCUUUUGAAAUUAGAUGAGUGGGACUGUGGCACGAGGGCCGGUGAUGAUAGAGUCAUUGCGAACGACGAGAUUUUAGGUAACGUCACCUUUGUGUUUGCGAAUGCGGGUAAAGUGGAUGUUGAUCUUCUCAGGGGCUAUGCAAUGCAUCUUGGACUCUUGCCAUCGUAUACAAGUCCGAUUCGCUUACCGGAGAGAAUAUAUUUAGCAGGCAAUGAGUAUGCUCAAGGCUUACUGGAGCUAGCUAGGCUCUUCGCGGCUUUUGAUAGUGUCUCUCUUAAACGGAGCACCGGCACUUUGAACCCUGAUGCCAUCUCGGUCGAUUGCCUUACAGAGACGGAAGCGGCGUUGUCCAUGCUUUCGCUAGGAGAGGGUGGCAGGGCCUCUGUCCGUAUGGCGGACUAUUGCAUUACCAGGGAAUGGAUGAGGACUAUCAUCUGGCAGGAAGCAUUGUCUCGACAGAUGUUAUCCUCUAAAGCGUACGCUGAGCUUCUUACAUUCAAAUUCCCAGCCCGCGUCAGUCGUGAUCUUUUGUAUUCAUUACAAGGUUUCUCCGAGUCUGAUUUGUUGCCUCUAGGCCGUGAUCAGGUAUGUUAG